AUGCUCCGGAGGGCUUUCCUUGCUCAGAAUCGACAUCUGGAGUCGACUAUAUCAAAAUGCAUCCUUUUAUCACACUAUGCGACGCCCAGUCUCGUGCAAGGUUCACGCUUUGCGUCUCGUUUACCUGUGCGCAAGCAUCUCACGAGCAUUCCAGAGACUUCACAAAUCUCGGAAUACACCACCAACCUUCAACGAUACUAUAUUUAUACCCCUACACCACGAGAUUUUAUUCGCAUCAUGGCAGCUCUGGAAUCUUACCAGCCUUUGGAGAAGAUUUUACGAUUGAUUAAAAAUUCGCCCUCCCUUGCCCAAUUCUUUUCGAACAGACGAAACGUGAGGGAAGUUGCCAAAGAAUUGGCACGAUCCCCCAAACCCCACCGCUCGAUUGAUAUUCUCAACCUCGCCUAUCAUCUUGGGCAUACUUUGAAUCCAGGCGCAUAUGAAUCCGUUGCUUUCCACCUUGCUCAAUCGCGGAACUGGGAUAUGAUACUCGGAGUUGUUGGUGCUGCUAGGAAGCAUGUUGGCCAUACUACUCUUAGGCUUUUAAAUUGGCGUGCCCUGGCGUUAAUGGAGUCACAACGGUACGCGUCCUUGCGACGUAUUUUGGACGAAUUUAAAUCUGCAAGUCUUGCUCCCAUUCGGAGGACCUAUCAUAUAAUGCUGUCUGGGUGUUUGCGGAAUCAGGACAUGGCAGGAGCCAAGCAUACGCUUCAACUAAUGCGGGAGUCUGGAAUUCCUAUGGACUCAACCACUCAUGCUUUGAUUAACAAUUCCUAUCGGAAAUUUGGCGUAGAUCUGCAAAUCCGUAAUAAUGCACUGGUCAGUUUACCAAACCUUGUUCCUCACAGGCGCACGGCUGUCAUCAAUAGUAUGAUUCAGUCUGCUCUUGAUAGGGACGAUAUGUCUGCAACAUUCCACCUACUAUCACUUUUCGGCGACAAGAAUGUCUUCAGGGCUCUUUCGUUGGCAUCCCCCGAAUUUGCGCUUGGUCAAGUCCAACCAAACUCAGUCGAUAUCCCAUCUCUGCCAAAUCUAGAUAUGAAACCCAACUCCGACACUUUUGCUCUUUUCAUGAAUUAUUGCAUCAGAAACCUUCAUCCCGAGGGUUCUCUCGGAAUUGCAAAACAGUCGUUGUUGCUAGGAAUACCACCCAGCCCAAGUCUAGUGACAUCUUUGGUGCAUACGUAUUUUCAACAAGAGCGGGGAGAUGAUGCCAUAAAUAUGCUUUCACGGUUAACUGCGGGUCCCAAGGCUCAGGUCUGGACUGCUCUCCGGGUUGAUUCAAAUUCACAGCGCGAUCCCGAGUUCUCUUUGCAAGGUUUUGCGCCUUUAUCACUCACCACUCGCAUAUUCAACGCCUUGCUCAAGGGUGUUCUUUACCGUCAGGGCCUUUCCUGUGUCCCAAUUGUCUUCUCACUUAUGCAUGCGAAUCACGUUCGACCAAAUUCACGUACGAUCGAAAUAUUACUUUCAUACAUGAACCAAGUCAACAUACCACAUCCUCGUACUUUUUUUCAAGUCCUGCGUGCCUUAACGGUUGAAUCUCACGUACGCCCAUCAAUACAACAUCUACAUAUCAUCGUCAGUCGUAUCUUUCGAGACGAAAGAGCCAUGGUAAUUCGUAGCGCUUGGGCGCCUCGCUUCUCCCGAAGGCUAGCCCCACAUCAGGGUUAUCGAAAGCGGAUUACUUUGCUGGGAACCACAGACGUCUUUGAUCCAUUAGCUGGUAUCGAAUUAGGGAAACAUUUGUCUUAUCGUGCUUCUGCUAGGCCAGCCAUACAAUCAUUAACGGCACACGAAGUGAAAAGUGAUAGUGCCAUGGUCUUCCUUCGCAUUCGUCGUCAAUCGGUCCUGCAUUCAGAUGUGGAAUCUGCACACCGCUUUCUCCAAACGCUCAUGGCCCGAGGGAUGCACCCCAACGCGUAUCAUUUUGGGGCUCUUAUUGAAGGUUAUGCUCUUGCGGGCAAUUUCUCGUCAGCCCUAGACGUCAUGAAGAGUGCAAGCGAUUCAGGUGUUCAACCUAAUGCCGUGAUGUAUACCCAUCUCAUUUCUGCAUAUGCUCGUCGUCAAGAUCCAAAGUCAGCUGUAUCGAUGUUUAAAGCCAUGAUCUCUCAUGGCAUCGUUCCCGACGUUGCAUCCAUUGAUGCCGUGGUUAGUGCAUUCCAUGCCAAACGAGACGAAAAUACAGCGCGCGAUCUCCUGAAGACGCUAUGGACGUACAUUCAACCUUUUCCUGAAUCUCUGGCCAGCGCAGAUUUGCCAACGAUGCUUACCCAUUUUCGUUCAAUCAAUCCCACAUCGAAAAAGGCGAAGUUUUCUUUCAACAAAAGGAUAGAAACGUACUUGCAAGUGAGGAAGAUAAUUCGUGCAUAUAGGAAAUAUUUUGGAACGCACCCGCACACUCAAAGGAUGCUACGGCGAAGGCGUGCGCGCCGCCAACUGUCUGCAAAAUCUACCGAUGGCAAACUUUGCCCACCCAAGUAG